GUUGCUCCCCCUCUUGCCGUGGAUUCGCUUGCUUUCUGCUUCUGCUCCUCGCGAUUCUCCUGCCCGCGAGUCACGAUCAUCUCGCCGGUUUCUGCUAGGAUGAGACUCUCAGUUUUUCUAAGACAAGCAUGUUCCAUAGCUGUGUGGUGUUUUGCAUAUUUCACAGCUGCAGUUCUGCUUUCCAUUCACUUCUUCAAUAUCCGUCCAAUCUUCUCAAACUAGUAAAUAUUGGAUGUUCACAGAAGUUGUGGAUCGGUUACUUUCAAUAAGGGAGGAAGCCCUAACAAGGAGGUUUCUGCUGGCCGCCGAUCGAAGCACCGACCUCGCCUCCUCCACUCCGAACGCAGGCGGAAUGGCGACAACCAUUGGGAUGAUGGAUGCGGCGUACUUCGUCGGGCGGAACGAGAUCCUGGCCUGGAUCAACUCCACUCUUCAUCUCAACCUUUCCAAAGUCGAAGAGGCAGCGUCGGGGGCGGUGCAGUGCCAGCUGAUGGACGCCGUGCACUCGGGGAUGGUGCCGAUGCACAAGGUGAACUUUGACGCGAAGAGCGAGUACGAGAUGAUCCAGAACUACAAGGUCCUUCAGGAUGUCUUCAACAAGCUCAAGAUCACUAAGCACAUCGAAGUUAACAAGCUCAUUAAAGGAAGGCCCUUGGAUAAUUUGGAAUUCAUGCAGUGGAUGAAGAGAUAUUGUGAUUCUGUCAAUGGUGGCAUAAUGAGCAACUAUAAUGCAGUGGAGAGAAGGGAUGCGUGCAAGGGCAGCAAAGAAGCAAACAAGAAGGCUGCACCUUCGCAAUCAACUGUAAGAUCUUCCUCAUCUGCCCCUAAAACUCAAGCCUCACAUGGCGCAAAGAAAAGUGACAUUCAUGCCGUUAAUUCGUCACAUAAAGCCACAAAACCUGCUACAAAUUCUGCCACUCAAGCUUAUGAUGAACAGAUCACUGAACUGAAGCUCUUCGUUGAUAGUUUGGAGAAAGAAAGGGAUUUUUACUUUGGAAAAUUAAGGGACAUAGAAAUCUUGUGCCAAAACCCUGAGAUUGAGCAUUUACCGAUCGCAACUGCCAUCCAAAAGGUACUCUACGCAGCUGAUGACAAUCCAUCAGUUGUGGCAGAAGCUCAAGCCAUGAUCACGAAGCCCCAGCCAGCUGAAACCCUCCACAUUCUCAGCCCCAUCCUUGAGGCAUCCGAGGAGGAGAGACCAAAGCCAAAGAGAAAAGACAUCAACACUCUGGAGGUCGACAUGGCGGCCAGCUCCACGCUGUCCCCUAAGCAGAGGCUCUCCGACAUCUCGGACGUCCACUGCUGUGGUUCACCGCUCACAAACUACUGACCUAUUUUCAAGCAAGUGUUGUCUUGGCUCGGUACCUGCUUCGCUUUCAAGAAUCUCUCCUGCAAUAUGUUUACCUAGUUGAGCUUGAGUAUAUCUGUUUUGAAACUGUAUCAAAAUUAUUUGAAACGUGGAUUUGUGGAACAACUUGGUCGAUUUCCCUUUGCUGCUUCUUUUGUUCAACAUGUGGAUAAAUUUUGACUUGCCUUA